AUGUUCCUGUAUCGGCAUCAUAUACAUUAUUAUACAGUAGGACAUUUUACAGUUUGCCAUUUAAAUAACAAUAUUAAUAAUAACAAAGAUUACCAUCAUUGGAAACAAAAUAAUUUGGAUCAGCAAUUAACAACAAACAAUACUGAUGAUAAACAAUUAACAACACCUGUAGUACCGACACCCUCAAUAAUAUCUGGUGCAGCCUCAGGCAAUGUAGCACAACAUAAAACUGAAUUAAAUAAUGAAAGUGAUGAGCAUUUACUUCAUAGUAACAACAAUGUCGAACACAAUAAUAGUGGAACACCUGCUGUGAUCGCAGCUUCAUCCACUACACCAUGUUCGAACACAGCAGUAGCUGUAUCAACUUCGUUACUAUCUACAAGUAGUGUUCUUCAUCAUAAUAGUAAUAAUAAUAGUUCGAAUGGUAAUAAUGCAUCGACAACAUCAACUUCAACCUUAUCGACUCAAUUAAAUUCUAUUUCAGGAAUAAAUGCCACAUCAAAUAAAAAUUCAAUACUUCUAUCAAAUAAUAAUAAUGUACCACAAACACAAACCAGGCGUGGAUCAUUACAAUUAUGGCAAUUCUUAGUUGCAUUGCUGGACGCACCGGAUUCAAGUGCUGGAUGUAUUGCUUGGACUGGUCGUGGAAUGGAAUUUAAAUUAAUUGAACCAGAAGAGGUUGCGAGACGUUGGGGUGCUCAAAAAAAUCGACCAGCUAUGAAUUACGACAAACUUAGCAGAUCAUUACGUUAUUACUACGAAAAGGGGAUUAUGCAAAAAGUGGCUGGUGAACGUUAUGUAUAUAAAUUUGUUUGUGACCCUGAGGCAUUAUUUAAUAUGGCAUAUGGUGCAGCUUCAAAUACUACCAACUUAAAUAAUCAAAAUCAUCAUGAAAUUAUGUUAAAUCAUCAUCACUCACAUCACCAUCAUACAAAUCAUCAUUAUCACAGAACUGAACCAAACCAACAUUCUAUUAGUCAAUCACAGUCUCAUCAUCUAUCCGCAGAAAAUUUAAGCAUCAAAUCAAUAAAUUCCCCUACUCCAUCCAGUUAUAAUGAUGUAAUAAAUACGCAUGCGUAUAAUGCAGCUGCUGCUGCCACCUAUCAUCAUCAUUAUAGCAGUUUACAACAACAUUUACAUCAUUAUUUGGGUGGAGCUAGUGUCAGUAAUAAUGCGGGACUUUCUGGAACUAAUGGAGUACAUCAAUCAGUGGAUAACAAUUCAACAAUGUCAAAUUAUUGUUAUAAAAAUAAUAUCAAUAAUACAAAUCACCAACAAAAAUGCUAUAAUUCUUCUUCGUAUAGCGCUGCUACAAAUAUUUUUACUUAG